GCGAGUCGCAAGGAGACUGGAGGUUGUGAGGUUGGGGGGCUCUGACACUCUCAAGAAACUCGCACACAACCCAUCCCUCAACGCUCAAGAACCUUGCCGCGCCACAAUCAUCCCCGGUCGCAACGCAGGCAGCUACGUCUCUUUCCCCCUUCCACCUUUUAUUAUCGCUCUCUUCUUUCCUCCUACCUCCAUCGCCACGAGCUCCUCUGUUUGUCGUCACCUGGUUCUGGUGGGAAGUGACAAAUAUCCACCUACAGCAACCCCCGUCCCACCCACGAGCCUCUUCCCUCUAUAGUGUCCAGCGCUUGGGGCUACGGCUCCUCCAAUUCCACAACUCAUCACAUAUCACAGUACUCCAUCCUCCGCCAUUGCGUCCAUGUCUGCAGCCGAGAUGUCGCUCGAGAAUGACAACCGGCCAAGGGUCGACGGCUAUGUCCAACCUCAAAUGAUCAAGAAACCACCUUUCUCUGUCGAAGCCUCUGGUUACGAGAAGAAAGAAGGCGAAACCAUCCCCCGACGCAAUCCUCUGGCCAAGGACAAGCUCAUUGUUCAACCCUCGGAUGACGUCAAAACCGUGUUUGACAAUCUCAAACGGGCGGCCUCCAAGUUCGGAAAUGCCAAAGCCAUUGGAUCGAGAAGGAUACUCAAGACGCACGUCGAGAAUAAGAAGGUCAAAAAGAUUGUCGAUGGCCGGGAGCAAGAGGUGGACAAGAAAUGGACCUACUUCGAGCUCAGCGGAUAUGAAUACAUGACUUUCAUCGAGUAUGAGAAGCUGGCUCUUGACUGCGGCUCGGGUCUAGCGCGUCUUGGAAUCUCCAAAGAGAACAAGAUGCACCUGUACGGUGCCACCAGUGCCCACUGGCUGGCCAUGUCGCAUGCUGCCGCCUCUCAAUCGAUCCCUAUAGUCACUGCUUACGACUCUCUUGGUGAGGAGGGACUGAAACAUUCUCUUAUUCAGACCGGAUCUGUAGCCAUUUUCUUAGAUGCCAACCUCAUCCCCACCUUACUGAGAGUCCUUAAGGAUGUCAAGCACCUCAAGACCGUCAUCUACAACACGGAACCAGAGAUCAAGCAGGCGGACCUGGACAAGCUGAAAUCCACCCAUCCCGAUCUGAAAAUACUCAGCUUUGAAGAACUUCGAAAGUCCGGUGCUGAGAAUUCUGUGGACCCCGUGCCUCCCGGCCCAGAAGAUCUGGCUUGCAUCAUGUAUACCUCCGGUUCGACGGGCCCGCCAAAGGGCGUGACGAUUAAACACAAGGCCGUGGUUGCCGCAAUGGCUGGAGUCCAGACGGUCGUGGCCCCCUAUAUCGGUCCGGCCGAUGCAUUGCUCACUUAUCUACCCCAAUCGCACAUUUUCGAAUACAUGUUUGAAAAUGUCUGCUUGUUCUGGGGUGGAACCAUGGGCUAUGGUAACCCUAAGACACUGUCUGACGCAUCUGUCCGGAAUUGCAAAGGAGAUAUUCGUGAAUUCCGACCCACUAUUUUGAUAGGCGUCCCUGCCGUCUGGGAAAGCGUCAAAAAGGGUAUUCUUUCGAGGGUCAACAGCGGCUCCUUCAUCGUCAGGAACAUGUUCUGGGGCGCCUUGUCCCUGAAACAGACUCUCCUUUCAGUGGGCCUGCCGGGCGCCGGUCUUUUGGACGCUGUGGUGUUCAAGAAGUUGAAGGAUGCCACCGGUGGCCGGCUUCGCAUCGCGUUCAACGGAGGCGGCCCCAUCUCGGAAGAAACAAUCAAAUUCAUUAGUUACGCAGUAACUCCCAUGAUUUCUGGCUAUGGCCUCACUGAGACUUCUGCGAUGGGCUGCAUUCAAGAUCCAUUGGCCUGGGAUCCCUAUGCCUUGGGCGACAUCACCGGAUGUAUUGAGAUCAAGCUGGUUGACUUCCCUGAUGCUGGUUACUACUCAACGAACAAGCCUCCGCAAGGCGAAAUUUGGAUCCGGGGCCCUUCGGUCACGGAAGGCUAUUGGGACAAUGAAAAAGAGACUCAGGAAGCAAUCACUGAAGAUGGAUGGUUCAAGACUGGAGAUAUUGGCGAAUUCAAUGCCAAUGGCCACCUUCGCAUCAUUGACCGGAAGAAAAACUUGGUCAAGACACUGAAUGGCGAAUACAUUGCCCUCGAAAAGCUGGAAUCAGCCUACCGAACAGCCCCCGUUGUCGGAAAUAUUUGCGUUUUCGCUGCUGCAGACAAGGCCAAACCGAUUGCGAUCAUCGUGCCAGUCGAAGCCACUCUGCAGAAAAUUGCAGCAGCCAAUGGCAUUCUGGGAGAAAAUCUGGAAGAAAUGGUUCACGAUGAAAAACUCAACGCAAUCGUGCUGAAGGAAGUGCAGAAAGCAGGUCGUGAUGCUGGUCUUUCUGGUAUUGAGAUCGUUGACGGCGUGGUUCUGGCAGACGAGGAAUGGACUCCUCAAAACGGUCUGAUUUCCCCGGCCCAAAAAGUUCAGAGGAAGAAGAUUCAGCAGCAUUUCGAAAAGGAAAUCAAGCAUGCCUACGGAGACUGAACCGAAAAAUAAUAUCAGCAUAGACACCAGCGCUCCCCACAGGUGCUCUGAAGCGCUGACUGAAAAUCAAAUCAAUCCCAUAGUGAAUCGAGGGAAGGAAUCCUAUCAAACGAAACGACGAGCGCGCACGGUGUUUGGAAUUGCUUCGUGCUGAUGAUAUCCCAAUACAAUAUGUAGUAUACAGUUGUUGGCAGUCUUGCAUCGCUUCCUGACGCAUCUCAAUUUAACACAGCUAGAGACCACGGGCCAUGUUUCUCUGAUUUCCACGUCACCACAAUUUCUUUCAGACUUCCCGAGCUUCGAAGCCCUCGUUCUCAAAACAGUCGUUCGAUACCAGCUCAUCAGGCACCUCAGUUCCCUCCUCGAGAUGAUCAGAAUUCAGAACUCAACGUCUCUUCGAGUUACUGGUGAUCUUCAUGCCGUCGAUAAGCCUGCCAAAUGUGUCAGAUCUUGGUAGUGAAGCUCGGCAGAAGGAGACCCUACCACCCUGCAUUCUCAACCGCAAUGCUCGGGCAUUUACCAUCGCUCUGGCAUUCGAUCGGGCAGCAUAUCCCUG